AGCUGUUCUGCUCCCAAACUCUGGAACUCACUACCUACUGAGCUUAGAAAUAUCAUAAUUUUUUACCUUCAAAUGUGAACUUAAAACCAAUCUGCCUAAAAUGGCCUUUUCUUUAUGAUUUCAGUGGCUUUGUUUUGUUUUAAUUUUUAUAUUUUCUGAUGUUUUAAGUUUUGUUUAUAAUGUGCUUUGUUUAUUUAUUGAUUGUUCAGUGUCCUCGAGUGCUUAGAAAGGGACCUUGUAUAAAUAAAAUGUAAUAUUAUUGUUAACAGCCAAAAUUCCAACUAGUAACUUAGAAAUUCUGACUUGCCACUUCAAAUGGAGUGCAGCAUUAGUUUUUUACAGUGUUAUAGGAGCCCGAGACCAUCCAACUAGUCCAUGGUGUAUGGCUAGAAGCAUCUCUCCAUUGUGCACAAUAGAAGUUAUAUUUUGUAUCGCGCUCUUUGCUGAGUGCAGGCGUUAAGUGCUGUGAACAAUUAUCAGUAAAAAUAGAAGUAUAGAUAAUAUUAAUUACUAAAUACAGAAGUGGUACAUAUAUAAAUGCAGAUAAUUUUAAAACACACUAAGAACAAAGUAGAAACGGAUCAUCUUAGGGCACAAUCGCAGUGGGUCAAAUUCAACCUUUGCAGGGGGAGCCAUGCUGUUGGAAGGUUAAUAAAAUGGAAUUGGAGAGCAUGCUUUGUGCUGAGCUCCUCCAUUCCUGCGCGUUACCUGUUGUAAUACAUGGAACUGUCCACAGGAUGGGGGUUUUAUUCAGUCCUCCUAUUUCUUGUAUGCUAAAACAGUUUUCUGUUCUUGGAAACUAAACAGAGUAUUCUUUGUAAAUAGUACAGUAAAUGUACAAAUGAUGCAUUCAGUGGAGGGGAGCCACGCUGUUGGACAUUUAUUAAAAUGGAGUUUGCAAACAUGUUGUGCAAUCACCAUGCAUGAAAGAUAUUCCAAUUACUUCCACUUAGACCGGGCUUGUAAUAUCUCUGGUAAACCCAUAGUAAAAUCUAACUGACAUUAACCUUUGGCUAGUGACUAAAGUGUUGGUUUAUUACAGUUCAUUGUUAUAAGCUUCCAGUUUGUUUAAUCAAUACACUUUCAGUUAUGCAAUUUAGUUUUAUAAUUUUUUUCUUGGCUCAUGUUGCCACUUCUUCCUUAUAGCUGUUUUAAUAGAUUUAUUCAUUUAACAUAAUUAGGAAAGCUCCCCGGAAAUCAAAUAUGUGCACUAGGGUGGUCCUGCAAAGAUUUGAGUUCUCAAAAGGCUAGUUUUAUGAUUUAUCAUAUUUAUAACACACACAUACAGUUUCAAUGAAGAUAAACAGCAUUUAGAGGCCACUCCAUUUGGCGUUUUUUAUGUCGCCUGCACUGAGCAGCAGACAGCUAGCUCUUUAACGCUUGUAGGUCUACAACGUUACCACUGUUCUUGAUGAAGUUGGAAAAUUAUUGAGAUGGUUUGUGACCAGUCGAAGAAUACAUUGUUUCUAUUAUUGUCAAUAUAUACUUUUUCAAUGAGACUUACUCUUCUUUCAUGUAUAUUGUUCACUACCGACAUGCAUCCCAACUGUUCACAAAGUCAGUUGAAGACUGGAUCACCUGUCCACUGUUCUGGUGGUUUCUUGGGAAAUGACUGAGACCUUUCUUUGCCUUCUUCCAUACUGAUAUGAAAGAAGGAUGUUGUUCUUUCCAUCACCAGAACCUACAACUUCAGCUGUUCAGAUGUAUUUGUCAGCCUAAAAUGUCAAGGAAUGCCUGGUAACAUCGACUGCUCUUUUUCUGUUGAGACUCGGUCAUCAAAAAGGGGCCAAGUCUGUCAAAUGCUGAGACAAAAUUCAAAGGUGCCUUGAAGAUGCUGAUUAUGUAUUACUGGCAACAGCCUGGUUUGGUUAGGUAUUAAGAACUGAUAAAUGAUGUCAGUGAGAGGAGCCUGGAUUGCAAAUAGUGCUACAUUCCACUAUCUGACAUAAAGAAGACCAAGCAGAAGAGAAAAAUCUGUGCCAAGUUUAGAUUUAUGUGACGCCAUCCUGAACUGAGCCUUUAAAAGGAAUACCUUUUCAAUGCAUACAAGCCUUUUUCCAUCUGCCUGGGGUGAUGUGUCAGAACUGGAGCUCAAAAUGACUUGCCUUUGUGUAUGGCAAAAAAUGAGAGAGACAAACCUAGAAAUUCCUGAUAGUCAUACCUUGGCUGCUGGGCUUCAACAGCACAUUGGUUUGGGGUUCAAUAUUGUUGGAGGGACAGACCAGCAAUAUGUGUCUGAUGAUACUGGCAUCUAUGUUUCCAAGAUCAGAGACAAUGGAGCAGCAGCACUCGAUGGGAGACUACAGGAAGGAGACAAGAUUCUUGCGAUCAAUGGGCAAAAGCUGGAGAAUCUUUCUCAUAGUGAUGCCGUUCAGCUUUUCCACUGUGCUGGGGAAGAUGUUGUGCUUUCUGUGUUGCAACAGCCAUCCAAUCAGACCAAUGGUCCUUUAAGGCCGAGAGGAUCCCUGGAGCCUGGUGUUUCUUUCUUUGGAGUGAUUAUGUGUUCUGCUAUGCUGGCUUUUGUGGCCUUCUUAUACAUGCGACAUCGGCACCGGAGAGGAAUUCUUUGAAUCCGGCGUUACUAUUCAUUCUUUUUUUUUGUGUUUAAUUUUAUUUUUUAUUUCUUAUGUUUUAAAAGUGAAGAACACCAGAGAACUGAUUACUUUCAUGUUAUUUUUGGGGUGAAUAAAAUUCCCCUAUGAUUGACAGAAUGCUGCUCUUUAUAUAAUAUGUGCUUACUGUAUAAUAUGAAAAAUAAUUUUGAACUGGCACUCUCCAAAUGUAAAAAAACAUGGCUUUUAAAAAAAAUCCUGUUAAAAAAAAGUUUAUACAAAGAAAACAACAUUUAACAUGGGCUGGGAAAAUGUCCAUCAGUUGGGUGCGUGCAAUCUCUCUACAAUCCUUUCAUCAAGCAGGAGACCGAACUCGCUUUUUUUUUUAUAUUUGAACUUGAAUAUCACUUCAUCAUUAAACUGAUAAAAUGUUUCCAUUUCACUGACUGUGCUGUAUUUGGGCUUUGAUCAGUGCAAGGGAAAAAUAAAUGAUGUAUCCAAUUUUAAUGGUUCAAAUACACACAGGGAUCCACAGCAUUUUCUUGUUUUCUUUUCUGAUGAUUAGAAUAUUUUUCCUUUGAAUCAUUUCAUACAAAUGCUGAAUAAAAAGUGAGACUGAGCUAAUCAAUGAAUUUUUA